AUGAGUGAAAAAGACGCAUUUGCCUAUCAAAUUGACGAAGAGUUCAUGCCACUUGAAGACCCACCUAAAAGAAACAAAACCAGCCUAUUUCAUAAAGUGUUGAACUGUGACUACACCAAGACUGAGCAAAUUAAGAUAGUCAAGUCUCUUUCUGUCAUCUCCGGAUGCAUCCUCUGCGUCAUCUGCGGACUGAUACGCAUCUCAUUCUGCUGGCACACCAACCUAUUUCCAAGUAGCCAAAUCAACAAUGCAAACGAAUACCAGGAAAUUGAUCUACCAAUUUCUGUUGGUGCCUUGCUCAUCACCCCAGCUGUCUAUCUCUAUCUCGGCUCCAUCAACACCAUCUUCGUCUUUGGUUCUGGAUGCAUCUGCUUCUUCAGCCUGGCCCUGAAGCUUCUCAAUCCAACUAAGCCAUUUGCGAUAUUCUUCAGGGUGUUUCUUGGUGCUGGAAUGGGCCUGCUCGACUACUUUCUGGUUCAGUACCUGGGUGAGACAUUUGGGACUACUGGAAGUGCCACCUACAACAUGACGCAGAUGUUCAAGUCAGUUGGCGUCUCCCUCGGUGCCAUGCUCUACUACUUCACAGGCCGCAACUUCUACGAAGUCAUCUUCGUUCUUUCCUUUGCAAUUAUGCUACUAUUUAAGGUUGGUUGCAUCAAGGUGUAUGCAACUCCACCAGAUGCGUCUGCUGAGUACCGAAAGAGGAUCCUCGCCCUCAUGUCCCUCUUUGGAGUCUUCUUCGUGCUCCAGGGCCUCUUUGGACAGAACAUGCUUCUUGGAUUCGACUCUCUCAUUUCCCCUAGGGAGUUUGUCCUGUUUAACCUUAUUUUCGGCACCAUUUCCAUUUUGUACUACGGAUUCAAAAUCAGGCACACCAACCUUGGAUUCAAAGUAUGGGCAAUUUAUUUCAUUGGUGUCGUAACCUGCGUUCUCAGCCACUGCCUGCUUUCUGCUGACUUCUACCCCAAACUGGCACUCUUCUGCCUCUUUCUGACGUACAACAUGUUUGUUGAGUCACUUCCUGAGCUUGGUCUCGGCGGCCUGCUUCAGGACGAUGCAAGACGCCUCAGGUGGCUUCUCUCGAAGACACUUGUUCUGGUCACAGACGUAGCUGCCAAGUUGUAUGGGAUGAUCUCAAAGAAGGAGGAGUUGAACAACCUGAUCCACUUUCUUGUUGUGACUGUGAUUCUGCUGAAUGGGAUAUUUCAAGUUGUUUUCAGGGAGACCAGGUCCAACUGA